UGUGAAUUUGUGAAGACAAGCAAAUUCAGUGGAAAUGCCGACGACUUUCAUGUGGAGCGUCCAAAUAAAGGAUUGUCGGAAAAUAUUUCUACUUUUAUUGACAUAUAUUCUGUACCUAAUAUUCGGAGCGUUUGUCUUCCAGUACUUUGAGGCGCCCUUAGAGGAGAAGUUGAGAUCACAGAUUGAAGGGAUUAUUAAAUCAUUUGAAGAUAAGCUUUCCGAUACUAACAUAAACACAACGGUAAAGGAGUUUAAGGAGAUUGUGCACAAGUAUAUGAUGGCCCGGGAUAUGAAUCUAGUGGACCAGUUCGGACACCUGACGAACCAGAACUGGAAUUUUCAUAACUCUUUCUUCUUCUCGACGACAGUCAUCACAACCAUAGGUUACGGCCAUUUCCUGCCGUCGACCACUUCCGGCAAAAUAUUUACACUUUUCUACGCCCUCUUCGGUAUACCGAUGACGGGUAUACUGUUGGGAGCGAUCGGCAGUCUCUUCAGCCGAUGCUUUAGGAUCCGUAUAAAACAAAUCAAAAAGAAAUACAAAAACGAUUUGAAAGCUACGAUCGCCUAUCGAUAUAUGGAGACUGCGGUCCUGUUCUUCAUUCCCUGGUUUAUAGUAUUUCUGAUCAUUCCUUCGGUUAUAUUCGUAUUCAUAGAGCGCUGGUCUUUCUUAGAGAGUUUCUACUAUUCAUUCAUCACUCUGACAACCAUUGGUUUCGGUGAUUAUGUGGCCGGCAAUUAUGACGGCCAGACAUGGAUUGUCAUCUACAAAUUGAUGGUUGUUUUGUGGAUCAUAUUUGGUUUGUCGUACUUAUCGAUGAUAUUAAACUUUAUCGGAAGGGGUUAUAAGAAAGUGGAGCACUCGGAGGUCAUGCAUUCAAUGCACUCAUCGAUCGCUCACAUAUCCGAGCCUUUCCUCCACCGCACGAAACCAAAAAUUAGUGUCGAGUUUAUUGAGGAGACAGAGACCCAGCAAACUCCCGGUGCCCUCCACUCUCACAAGUCGCACGACUAUACCGACUCCGAUUCCACCAAUAGUUCAAACAGUUCCAGCAGUUCCAGCAGUUCCAACAGUUCCAGCAGUUCAGACAGUUCUGAACAGGGGAUCAAUAGUACAUUGGAUCGAAAUUGCUAUCCAAAGGUUGCAUAUAAUGAGAGCUGCUUUGAUGACCGACAGUGUCUGGCAUUGGAUCCCAACUCUCAUUGCGGUCUCACGGAUGAGAUGAGCGGAAGAGCUUGGAAUAGACGUAACGACUCAAAGGCAUUCAAAUAUCCCAAUAGUUUAUCGCCGAAAGUAAUUGUUUCCAAAUAUUUCAAUAAUCCCAAUGAGUCCGAGGAUGAGAUAUACCUCAAACCAAAAGUGUAUAUCAAAAAGUGGUAA